AUGACUGAAGUGGCAAGGAUUGCGACGUUGAGGAAAUUGAAGUCGUUAUCGUGUAUCAUAUGUGGAUCUCAAUUUGUAGCAUCAGCAUCUUCGGAACGUAGUCCUCGAAUGUUGCAAUGUGGUGUCGCUGUGUGUAGGAAAUGUCAUCGAAAAGAAAGAGAUCAUCGUAAAAGAACGCAUCAUUGUGAAAGAAACGCCGGGCAUUGCUUUCGUCUCUUGGAUCCAGCUUGGUUUCUCAUUGAUAUAAUCUCUAAGAAUGAGGAUAAAUUUGCUUCAAACGAUGUAAUUUCUGGACACAAGAUACAGGGAGUCGCUCUGAUUGUUCCAUGCUGCACGAUAUGUCAGGAGCAAUAUUCACUUUCCGAAGCAGAAAAUAUGCCUUUUGAUAUGGCUUGUGGUCACGCAAUUUGCAACUCUUGCUACUGGUCGACAAGAAGAAAACUAGACACAGAACAAAAAGCUUCAAAUGGAAACGAAAAGCCAUCUCUUGACGAGUCGCACAUUGUCAACAGCAAUAGAUGUCGCAAGCCUUACAAGCGCUUUCUUUGGGCUGUCGAUUGCCCACUUUGCAAUGAGGAGACGCACACAUUACGGAAUACACACGAGAAUGCAUUUACAAACUUUUUGCGGGAAAUCGAUGGUUUAAAGGACAAAAAAGCAUCAACAAUUGCUGGUGUAACGUUUACGCCACCACGAAGACCAUUGAAAAGAAAGCAUCAUGAAGUCAUGAAAGAAAUACCCGAAGAGGAAGGGACUUUGCAAAUUUGCACUCGAUGUGAGAGCAUAGAGAAGCCAUGCCGAAUGUUUUCGUGUCAAAGAUGUGUCGAAGAGAUAUGUGGUACAUGUGCUAUUCAAUACCACCAGGAUCAUUUUGAGUUUGUGAAAAGAAAUGGGCAGCUUGAGGUAGAACAACGCAUAAAAAAGUAUGGAGAGGAAUUUGUUGCCGAAUUUGAAAUUACUAGAAACAACUUGGAAUGCUUAAAUAACUCGCUUACUAACGAACAAAAGAACAUUGCCGAGAUUUUCAAAAGUCUUUCACGGGGAUUGAGCUCAACGGUAACGGCUAGUUUCUGCUCUGAUAUCAGUAAACACUUGGACCACUUGCGGCAGCUGAAUAAAAACUAUUCGGUGCAAUGGAAUUUACUUCGCGAAAAUCUUGAGAUUCUUACUACUGAAAUUAGUGCUGCAACUAGAAGA